CCCUUAUCCCAUCUUGGACACCGUCUCCACCACUCCUUUUUGUGCCCAGACACUGAAGAGGAGCCAUUGCAACAGCGAUUUGUUUCGGAAAGAAAGAGAGAGAGAGAGAGAGAGAGAGAGAGAGAGAGAGAGAGUAUUGUUCAGAGAGGAUCGAUCGAAGAGAGAGUAUUUGUUCAGAGAGAGAGAGAGAGAGAGAGAGAGAGAGAGAGAGGGCGGGAGAGGCCAUGGCUUCCAACCCCACCCUCAACACCUCCAUCCACCCCUCCCUCUCCUCCGCCUCCAGAAAACCCAACCCCCUUUCUUUCCACCCCCACCUUCACCUCUCCACCACCCCUCGAAAGACCCUCUUCGCUCAAUCCUCCGCAGCCCCAUCUCUCUCCUCCCCCACCUUCGACCUCAAGACCUACUGGAAAUCACUCAUCUCUGAGAUCGAUGUCCAGCUCGAUGCUGCCGUCCCCCUGCGCUUCCCUUCAGUAAUCCAUGAGGCCAUGCGCCACACCGUGCUCUCGCCCGGGGCCAAGCGAGCAUCCCCCAUCCUCUGCAUUGCCACAUGCGAGCUCUUUGGCGCCCCGCGCUCCCUAGCCCUCCCCACUGCGUGCGCCCUCGAGAUGAUCCAUGCGGCGUCCCUCAUCCAUGACGAUCUCCCCUGCAUGGACGACGCCCCUGCCCGCCGCGGCCGCCCGUCCAACCAUGCCGCCUUCGGCAUGGACAUGGCCAUCCUUGCUGGUGACGCCCUCUUCCCCCUCGCCUUCGCCCACAUCACCAACGCAUACUGCGCCGAUCAGAAUCACAACACCACCCUUUCAUACACCUCGGUGCUUCGGCUGGUGACAGAGAUCGCCAGCACCGUAGGGGCUCGCGGGAUGGUCGAGGGACAGUUCCUGGACCUGCACAGCACCGCGCUCGGGGCCCUCGGGGGAGUGGCAGGAGAUUAUUUUGAGACUGAUAUCAUGAAGGGUCGAGAGCUGGUGGAGAGGAUUGUCGAGAAGAAAUUCGGGGUGAUGGCGGAGUGCUCGGCGGUUUGUGGCGCAAUCGUGGGCGGGGCCAAUGAGGAAGAAAUGGAACAUUUGAGGAGGUAUGGGAGAGCGGUGGGGGUUUUGUACCAGGUGGUGGAUGAUAUAAAGGAAGUGAGAGGAGGGAAAAAUGAGGAGGGUGGAGAGAAGAAGAGGAGCAGGGCGAGUUAUGCGAGGGCUUACGGGGUUCAGGGGGCGAUGCAAUUGGCGGAGGGUUUGAGAGAGCAGGCGAAGAGAGAGCUGCAGGGGUUUCAUGGAGCUGGGGUUUUGCCUCUCUACAGCUUUGUGGAUUACGCCAUUAACAGGGACUUCGAGAUCUGAUGUUGUUGCUUUGAUUUUGGGCUUGCGAUUUUGCUGUUCCCAAGUUCAAACCUAAACAGGGCUUCGUAGUCGCUGAGCAUUACCCGCGUUCUUCUUCUGUCUUAGCUUGUUCACGAUUGAUGGCUGCUUUUUUGCUCUUUUUGGAAUAUCUACGCCCGGAUCAGGACCACCAAGGGUAGCUUCUUUACCUUUUGGGAAGGAGGUUCUACAUUUUUUUUUUGUUUUUAUUUUGGCGAGAAAAUUAUAUACAUAUAUUCUAAAC